AUGUUCAGGAUUCUUCAAUGCCCAUCUAAAACCGAACGUCCUUUAUCAAUGAUUCUAUACGAAAAAAACGAUUUACGCAAUGCAUUAAAAAAUUUUGAAAAAACUGAACAAUUAAUUAAAUCAUAUUACACAAAUAAGAAGAAAUAUUUAUUUACAACAUCAACAAAUAAACAAAUAGUAAAUGAAAAUUUUGAAGAAACAAUAAACGAAGUUUGUUUAAAAAUUUUAACUAUGAAUAAUAAUUGUCUAUCUCGUACGAAAAUUUUGCAUAAUGUUGGAUGUCGGUAUCAAAAACGUGGAAAUUUAAAUUUAGUAUUACAAAGUUAUAAUUGA